UGGUCAAUUCAAAUUCCAUUUAUAAUCUUUUUUACCUUUUUAUAAAUAUGAGUGUUUUUUGUUCUUUUAUCCACCAGAAACAAACCUAGUGAAUAUUUGCAGAGAUCCUGAUCCAGCAGCUGCCAAACAACCCAAACCCAAACCAGUUCUUCACAUUUAUCUGCCACCACCAGCCAGCCUCCGUGCACAUCACCUUCGAUCUUUCCUGCCUCUUUUGUCACUGUUCUUCAGAUUUAUUCGACCCACUGAAGCAUUUCUCCAUUUCUAGCUUCUAGGAACCAAGAACAUGGCAGCAAAUCGUCAAAGCGUUCCCAAAUUCGGAGAAUGGACAGAAGAUGUUCCAUUCACAGUAAUGUUCGAUAAAGCCAGUAGGUCGUCGAGGAAAAAAACAAACAAGUCUAAUCCUAAUCCCAACGAGUAUCCAGAAACGAAUCCAACCGCUGCCCAACCUCGAAAUCAGAGACAUGACCAACCACCAAACCACAAUGUAAGAGCUAGACAAGAAAGAUUCGGUAGCAAAGAAGAAACUGAAUUCAGACCGUCUCCUGCAUACAAUGAAAGAAACAACCAAGUCGGAGCUCCUCCUCCAGCGGAAACGUAUCGACGCGAAUCAUAUGAUCCUACACCAGUGAAACCUAGGCCCAUAAGCAGUCUUAGAGGUCGGGGCAGUGAAAGGGUCGCAACCAUUCCGCCGUUUCCUGGAUCGGGUUCUGAGGAUCAGAAUUAUACAUUCAUCUUUGAAAAAGUGAAGGAAAACAAGAGAAAAACUGAGACUGCGAGGUCUUACAAUGAAACUGAUCAUAGCAUUCCGACUCCACACAUCAACGACGACCAACACCAUCAACCGCCGCCACCUUCUAGUCCCAAGGGUUGCUGCUUUCCUAGAUGGGGCCGAAAGUGAAGCUACUGAAGAUAUUUCGUUACCUUGUUUUCGUGUUUGUUGUUUGCUUCUGGUUAUGGUUUGGCUCCUUGAGAAUUGAAUAGUAUAAAUAUUAUACAAAUAUUAUUUCGGUAUGUUCUAUAUGUAUGGGUGUUGUGGGAAUAUACUACAAACAUAGUUGAUCGGCA